UUUCUAGCUAAAUUCGUUUAUUCCGGCAUUGAUUAAGGAAGCACUAGCGAAAUUAUUCUGUGAGAUCUAAUUGUUCUUAUACUUUAUUUUAUGCUUGCAUCUGCGAUUCUUCAUGUUUAAUGAUAUUAAUUGUUUUAAUCCAUUAGAUAGUUGCAAAUAUUUAUUGGGUUAGAAUUAAUUAUAUAGCCAAUUGAACCGGCCAUCCGUAAUUGUGGUUUAGGUUUGAUUAGUGGUAAAUUGACACAUCAGGGUCAAAGGAAAAGCAGUCUUAAUUCAAUAAUCCUGCGUCAGAGUUUAUUGGUUUUGAAUCGGGUUUCUCUAGAUAUUAAUGCUGUCGGCUCAUUAAACUUAUAGAGCGUCUCUUACGGUUGUCAGUCGAUUAGAGUAGUAAUUAGUGAAGCGUCUUCCUGGUUACCGAAUAAUUAAGGAGAAAUAAGAUCACGUCAGAAGCGUCUUCGGUGAUUAUAACUGGUUUGUUUGCAUGAUUUAAAGUUAUUUUUGCAUCCAUGAUCGGAAUAAUUGAGCUAGGGUGGACUUAAUUGAUUGCUGGAAUUCUUUUAUUAAUUGUUGGAAUUUUUAUUCAUCUUUUAGCUAUUGGAAAAAUUGGUUUAUUUGGGUUUUAUUUAUUUAAUUUUAAGUUUAGUAUUUUCUAUAUUUUCUUCCCAAAAUUUCGUGGGUUACUUGCAGGCUUUAAUUAGAUAAAUUCUCGCCAGUCCCUUGGGAGACGAUCUUGCUUACUGCUAUCUGCGCAGUGUGGGCAUACCGGCUGACUGCCGGAUAUUUUUGGUGUAAAACGACGCACCAAAUUUUGGCGCCGUUGCCGGGGAUUUGGUUUUAAGCAGGAUUUUACUGAUUUCAGUCUGUCUUUUAUUUUUAGUUAUUUUAUUUUUAGUUUAUGCCCCGUUCUUCUCGUACAGGCAUAUUAGUUUUUGAUCCAGAAAUCGAGAAAACCGCACGAAAGUUAAAGAAGCAAGCUAAGGAGUGGAAAAAGAGAUCAAAUUCUGCCCCAUCAAGUCUUGAGGAACAACCAAAAAUAGAAGUUCCAAUGGAUGACCGUGAUGAGGACGAUAGAGAGAUCGUGGAUCCUCGACAGGAAAGACCUCAACUGAUCAGAGAGUUAGGCCGUCAUAGAAACAAUCGCCCUUUGUGCAUUGUCCUUCCUGCCAUUAAUGGCAACGCUGAAAUACGGCCUGGUUUCAUUCAAGUGCUACCCAAGUUCGGUGAUUUACCUGGAGAGAGUGCACACAAGCAUCUGGCUGAAUUUGAUCUAGUUUGCUCAACUCUACGCCCUCAUGGUUUUACUGAAAAUAAUUUGAGGCUCUUGACUUUCUCUCAUACUUUGCAGGGUAGAGCGAGAGAUUGGCUUUUUGAUCUUCCUCCUGGUUCGAUUAGAACUUGGGGAGAUUUAGAAGAACAAUUCUUGCGAAAAUUCUUUCCUGAGUCCAGAGCUGCAAAUUUGAGAAUGGCCAUUAGCAGCAUUAAACAGAAGAAGGCGGAGAGUCUAGCCGAUUAUUGGGAGAGAUUCCAACAGCUGUGUCGCAAGUGUCCUGAUCAUGGAUUUUCUGACUACCAAUUGCUUACUAACUAUUUUUAUCGUGGUAUGUCUUCUUUUGAUAGGAAAAUUGUUGACGCUGCUUGUGGUGGAAGCUUGACCAAUAAAACUUUGGACGAAGCAAAGCAACUCAUCGUUGACAUGGUUUCAAAUGGCCAACAAUAUGAGGAUGAGGAUGAUGAUCGUUAUAGGCCAGUGCAGAAAGUAGAAGAUUCCAACAUGAACGAGAGAAUUGAUGCUCUCACCUCUUUAGUUAGAGGACUUGCUGAUAAUAAUACUGAGCAAGCGUGCAUGGGAUCCGCUGAUGAGCAAGAGAUGAACGCACAAAGGCAAAGGCGAAACGACCCUUUUUCCAACACCUACAAUCCAGGGUGGAGAAACCACCCAAAUUUUAGGUGGAGACAGCAGGAACCAGGGAUGUACGCGCCAAAUCCGCCGCAGGCUGGACGGUAUGCCCAUACCAGACGAUUUUCCAGACGAACAGCUGCUGCACAUCGACGGUAACACUCCUUGGUAUGCUGAUUUGGUUAAUUUUCUAACUGCUGGAAUUUUUCCUAAGGGAAUGGAGACAGCCCGUAAGAAUAAGUUGAGGAGCCAAGCAAAAUACUUCAUAUGGGAUGAUCCUUAUUUGUGGAAGACUUGUGCGGAUCAAGUGAUACGACGUUGCAUCCCUGAUGAGGAGGUUCAUUCCAUUUUGAAUUUUUGCCAUGCUCAUGCUUGUGGAGGUCACUUUGGUCCCAAAAGAACGGCACGUAAGAUUCUUGAUUGUGGUUUUUAUUGGGAAAGUAUUUUUAAGGAUUCUUACAAUUUCUGCAAAAAUUGUGACAAGUGCCAAAGAACAGGUAAUAUCUCUUCUCGCAAUGAAAUGCCUCAAGUCCCUAUUUUAGUUUGUGAAAUCUUUGACGUUUGGGGAAUGGAUUUUAUGGGGCCGUUUCCUAGUUCUUUUGGAAAUUCUUACAUUCUUUUGGCUGUUGAUUAUGUUUCGAAGUGGGUGGAAGUGAAGGCCACCCGCACUAAUGACUCUAAAGUUGUUGCAGGGUUCCUUAAAGCUAAUAUUUUUAACAGAUUUGGAGUGCCCCGUGCCAUCAUUAGCGAUCAAGGAACCCAUUUUUGCAACCGCACUUUGGAAGCACUUUUUAAGAAAUAUGGAGUCCACCAUCGAGUUGCCACGGCAUAUCAUCCCCAAUCCAACGGUCAGGCUGAAGUUUCUAACCGAGAAAUCAAGAGCAUCCUUGAGAAAACAGUCAACCCGAGACGAAAGGAUUGGAGUUUGAGACUGGACGAUGCGGUAUGGGCAUACCGCACUGCAUUCAAGUCACCGAUUGGUAUGUCUCCGUACAGGCUGAUUUUUGGGAAGCAAUGUCAUUUACCUGUUGAGAUGGAGCAUAAAGCUUUUUGGGCCGUGAAGGAAUUCUGUUUAGAUGAGAAAGUUGUUGGCAAAGAGCGGAAAUUUCAACUGCAAGAAUUAGAGGAGAUUCGAUUGGAGACGUAUGAUCAUGCAAGUCGUUACAAGGAACGAACCAAAUUUCUACAUGACAAAUACAUUCGAAGGAAAUCCUUUGAAAUUGGGCAGAAGGUUCUCUUGUUUAACACACGCUUAAGGAUUAUGCCAGGAAAAUUGAAAUCUCGUUGGUUGGGCCCAUUUGAAGUUGUUAGUGUGAGUCCUCAUGGAGCUGUGGAAAUCCAAAGCCUCGAAACACGAAAGUGUUUUAAGGUUAAUGGACAAUUACUCAAGCCAUACUAUGCUGGAGUCGAGAUGGAGUCGUUCAAUGCGCUCAGCCUGACGUCUCCAACCAUUGUCUAAGGAUUUUGAACUUCUUUUCUGUCCAGCCAAGGACGUUAAAUAAAGGCGCUCAUCGGGAGGCAACCCGAUUUUUCUUGCCCUUGUUUUGUUUAUUUUCGUUUUUUCUCUCUUUAAAAAAAAAAAUUAUUUAAAAAAAAAAAAAUUA